CUGGGUUUCUUUGCUGGCUCUGGGCGGGGCUAAUCAGCGAAUUACACAUUCACCAUGGUUGCUCUUUGCCCCCUGCUGGAGGCCUGGGGUUUAGAGCCAUAAAAAUUUCACCGCCUUUCCCAUCAGCCCUUGCAGCUCCCUUUAUAGCCCUGGGCAAGUGGCCCAGCUGGGAGGGGCGUGGCCAAAGCAGGAAAUCCUCAUGCAGGCCUGGCUCAGGGACACCCAGCUCCUCAGAGGCAGACCGGACUCUGUUGACGCAAUGGAGGGCCCGUCCGCUGCGGGAGAUUCUGCUGCCCCCCCAGCCGACCCCACAGGGGGAGCCCCGGAACCGGGGUGCGAUGGGCCAGGAGUUACAGAUCCAGCCCCCACGCUCAGCCCCACCUGCCGCUUCUUCCUGGCGGGCAGUUGCCGCUUCGGGGCCCGCUGCCGGAACCCCCACCCCGGCGCCCCGCCUGCCGCCCCCCAGCCGCCCCCCAAAUGCCCCAGCAAGAAGCCCCCCAUGAAGACAGCCGGGGACGUCGUCUCCCGCAUCCUCUGGGACCGCCAGCUGCCGCCCGGCACGUUCACCGUGGGCCACCUGGAUCGCUUCUCUGGCGUGCGGGAAGACGCCUUCACGGCCUUCUCCUGGGAGGACCUGGCCUCGGUUGGGCCGGAGGUGCUGGCCAUACCCCAGCACAGGAUCCAGUAUUUCAAAUACCGCGACCGCGUAGUGUGGGACAAAGCCAGCCGGCUGGACGACGUCUUCGGCUCCACUGGGGGUGGCCGGACCAUCCUGGAGGUGAUGGAGGAAGAGGCCGGGCGCCAACAGGCCGUGGGAAUGGGGGAUGGUGGCUCAGCUGGGGGAUGCUCGCCGGCCGGUGGAGCCGGGGUGCCAGAGGAAGCCGUAGCUCCGGAGAGCGAAGAGGAGGAUGAAGAUGCCGAAGCUGAGCCAGGAGCCCUGAGCCGCCCCCCAGUGGCCUCGCAGCCCCCACGCCCCACCCAUUUUGUGGCCGUGCGCAUCACCAGCCCGGAGCUGCGGGGCUCGGUGGCCCGGCUCCAGGAGGCCCUGACCCAGGCCAACCCCGGCUUGGCUGAGUUCUGUGCCCCACUGCCCACCCUCCACCUCACCCUCUGCCUCCUCCGGCUGGACGGUGCUGGCGAGAUGCAGGCGGCCGUCACCGCCCUGCGGGAGCUGCAGGCUGAGCACCGGCACCUCCUGCCGCCUACCCCGCUCCUGCGCUUCCGGGGCCUGGGCACCUUCCAGGGCCGGGUGCUGUACGCCGCCCCCGCGCCAGGCCCGGAGCUGGCAGGGCUGGCCCACGCCCUGGAGCAGGGAUUUGUCUGCAAGGGGCUGACUGUCUUCCCGCUCCCAGCCCACGAUUGCUUCCAUCUCACCGUGGCCAAGAUCCCGGCGGGUGGGGAGCUGAAGCUGAGCCUGCCCGCAGAGCCCCCCGGGGAGGAGCUGGGGACCCAGGCAGUGGAAUCGCUGUGUCUGUGCCAGGUGGGCAGGGGCAGACGGACGGAUGGGUUUUACAGCACCCUUGUGGAGCUGGAUCUGUACUGAGGGGGUGCCCUACACCCCUCCCCAAAUCCAGAGGAGCUGGGGCCCUACUGACCUUUCUAUCCACCCCCCCAAAUCAAAACUUGAGGGGAGGGCAGCUCUUCUCUCAGGUCCCCUCAUCAAGAUGAAAGCUGGGAGCUGGACUCCUGGGCUGUCCCCACUGCAGGGAGGGGAAUGGGGCCUAGUAGUUAUGGGGGCAGGCAGGGCUGAGAGCCGGACUCCUGGGUUCCAUGUGCAGCUUUGGGAGGAGAGUGGGACUGAGUGAUUAUAGCAGGGGUGUAGGGAGCCAGGAUUCCUGGGUUCUAUCUGCAGCUUUGGGAGGAGCAGGGGAUUGAAUGAUUAUAGUGGGGGUGUAGGGAGCCAGGACUCCUGGGUUCUAUCUGCAGCUCAGAAAGGAGCAGGGACAUCUGGGAGCCAGGAUGCCUGGGUUCUAGCCCCAAGCUCUGCUCCCCAAUUCACCUUGCCCCCAUGCAUAUAAUCCCCUUCCCUGGCAUCUCCCCCCCUUUCCUAAACCCCAAGUCAUUCACCCAGCCAGCAGCCUCUGAGGAGGGAGGUCCUAGCUGAGAUGCAGGGCCCGGCUCAUUGUACAACCUGCCUGGGGUGGACCCAGGGAGCUCCUGCCUCUGGUCCUUUGCCAGCUGGCUCGCUCCAUGGCAAAGGGUCCCGCAACCCAGGCUCCCACCCAGCUGCUGCAGCUGGAAGACAGGGGGUUGAGCCCCGGUCUGUCCCCCUCACCCCUGUGGGUUUGCACAUGUUGCCCCACAACACGGACGUGUCUUUUCAAGCAAUUUUCUCUACAAUCAACGGCAAUUUUCCCAGCUGCUUCCUCCCCUUUAUACCCAAAUCAGGAACAGCCCGGGUGAACCCAUACCAAGGAAACACCCGUUCCCAAGCAGCUCUCUCUGUGCCUCUCUCUAAAUUCCAAUCACUGUAGCUAGAAACAGUCUUUGGUCAGCGUGUGCAGACGAUGAAAUUGGCAUCUAACCCGUUCCAGCCUCUUGCUACGGAUAGGAACGGGCCGAUCUGCGGCCUUUGCUGGUGCUAGCAAAGGACUAGACUAACGGCUCUCGCUCAAGCAGGAAUUCAUUCACAGCAGGGGUAGGGGCUUGUCUUCUACAGUUCAGACUCAAUGAUGACCAAAGAUGCGGAGAGUCCAGCGGGAUUCUCCAAACCAGCUUAGCACUAUGAAGGUUAAGCAAGCCCGGCCACUUUAUGCCACAUUAGGCACCUGUCUGCAUCUUUCAGCAUCUAAAAUCCCUUUGGAAAUCUGGCCAGGAGCGAUUUGCCCAAGGUCACAGGCACUAGGGAAAACGCCGGCAUCCCAAUUCCCACAUGGGAGCCCCUGAUCCAGUCUCAAGAAAAUAAAAAGAGGACAGUGGCCCAAAGCA